AUGGGCAGCAUGAACCGCAGGUCACGUGGAUUUUGUAGGAAAAAUUGCAGUGCCAGGUUCGUUAUCACGACAACUAUUGGAGCUGUUUUCGGAUUAUUUUCGGUGUUUCGUUUCCAUAGGUUUCCCUUUACAGGAUUUACGUUCCGACAAAUCCUCGUGGUGCAGAAUCAUUACCUCCGGGUAUUGUUGUUCCCUAGACCGACCUUUACCCACGCAGAUUAUCGGGAUCUGCAGAAGAAACCAAAGUAUUUAGUAACAUUUACAGUUGGUAUUGAUCAGAUGAAUAAUAUUUAUAAAUGUGUUAAAAAGUUUUCUGAGGAUUUUCAGACUUCACUUUUUCAUUACGAUGGCCGGGGACCACUGAAUGGGACAGAUUGGAGUGGUCGAAGAAUGCAAUCCAUGUGGUAUGCAAAAAGGUUUUUGCAUCCUGACAUUUUUUCGGCUUAUGAUUAUAUAUUUAUCUGGGAUGAAGAUCUGGGAGUGGAACACUUCAAUGCCGAUAGAUAUAUCAAACCGGUGAAGAAACAUGACCUGGAGAUAUCACAACCAGGUUUGGAGCCCAAUUAUGCACUGACAUGGCAGAUGACAAAACGGAGAGUUGACCGAGAAGUUCACAAGUUCACCAAAGAGAAACCUGGCUGGUGUAGUGAUCCACGUUUUCCACCAUGUGCCGCUUUUGUGGAAAUCAUGGCGCCUGUAUUUGCUCGAGAAGCUUGGCGAUGUGUAUGGUAUUUGAUUCAGAAUGAUUUGGUGCAUGGAUGGGGAUUGGAUUUUGCUCUCAGAAGUUGUGUUACACCUGCACACGAGAAAAUCGACGUUUUAGAUUCAGAGUGGAUAGUUCAUCAAGUGAUUUCUACUCUCGGGAACCAGGGCGAGCCUCAUGCAUGAAUAUCUCCGCGAGACGCCGUUAGAAUAAGGUCCAAAAUCGAGUGGGCAAUGUUUCAGAAACGAAUCUCGGAUGCAGACUUGGCAUACGUAGCUCAGCUUGCAAAUGCAAAGGGAUAAACUUGCUUUUACCAUCUUUUACCCCAACCCACCCUCAUUGU